GCAGACGAUUACACGGAGUAACCGUCAAUUAAGCCAAUAAUGACCGCUUUUUGUAGAUAGCCACACGACUGCGGGGUGAUGGAUGCACGCUAUAUUUAAACUUUUGACAAAUAUUAUAAAUAUUUAUAUUUAUUGAGUGUAUAAAUGGCGCGAUAGUGAAGGUCUCGCGCCCCCCCGUCGGGACAUCAAAGAAAAAGCUUAGCUUGCUGUUUCCUGUGGCAACUUCAACACUUCCAAAUGUAGUGUUGAGAAAAAUGGUGAAAGGAAGUUCCAGAAAGGCAAAGAGGGCUGAUGGCGGCCUACUUCCGGUCAGGAGCAGAAUGUUGACCCGCAGUCAGCUGAAGAACUGCAAGAACUUCUUCCAUAAACUCCCACUGGAGGUCCUCCACAUCAUUCUGGACCAUCUAUCUGUGCUGGAGGUCAGUGUAUUCUGCUUGGCAUCCAAGGAAAUGACUAAUCAUGUGGUGAACUAUAUCAGCACCCUGGCCUGGAAGAGAAAAGCCAUGCUCCAAAACUUCCACAUCACUGCCUGCCCUCAACAGCAAUAUUUCAAAGACCUUGGUUUAUUGUUCAAAAGAUGCACCAUGCUGCUACCUACAAAGGAAAGGCUGAGGUUUACACUGCAAAAGUUUUUACAGGUUCCUUGCUUCAUGCAGGAGGCGUGCUCAGUACCAAACUGCAUUGGUUUGGUUCGAUACGGUGUUUUCCUGCAGACACUAAUUGCAGGCUGGGAUGACGUUGAGUGCCAAAGAGUGUUCAUCUCUCUGUGUGAAGUCACCAACUUGCUGCAUAGAAUUCAGUCCAUCCUCACUGGGAAACCCGGGUUGAAAUGCUAUCAAGAGCUGGAGCUCCGUUAUUUCUGCCGCCAGGUUUUGCUGGACUUGUCCCCAAAUCAAUUAGAAUGCCAAUUCUGGCUCAUUCAUCUCUUGAAGCCUUGGCCCCUGGUCAGCCAGGCACACCUCCUGUUGAUCCUGUAUGGGCCCCUGCGGCCCGAAGGUGCCAUCAGUUGGCAUGAGCUGGCGGUGCAGGGGCUGCCUCCGGAUUCUCUGUGGGACCUGGCCAGGGCCAUUCUUUUGCUCUUCAACAAGCCAGAAUUGAAAGAUUGGACAAUGAAAUCAACCAUAGCAAUCUUCGAGGAGAUCACUGCCAUUCCUGAGCCGUGGCACAUGGAGAAUGUUGCCCGUCUCUUGGUGCUAUGUGGCACUAGGCUGUGCUACACGGUCUUGGCCAGCCGGGCCCUCUGUGGUCGACUCCAAGAGAUUUCCAAAAUGAUUGUCUACAUUGUUCUGGUGUGUGAAAAGGACGGCUAUCAAAUGACUUGGGCGGUAAAGUUGGUACAGCAGAUCCACGCCGGCUUAAGCUCAGCCAUUGAAAAGGUCGUCUUCAUCCACCAUCUGGAGAACAUGUUCUCAGAGGUCACCAGGGAGUUUUAUACGUUUAAUGUAGAAGGCAAUCGUCUUGAUAACACGGAAGCUUUCGGUACCCUGUGUCUCCUUUUGCACUCCAACGCUCAAUUUCAUGCAAAAUUCCUCCAUCUGUUGCUUCAUUAGGAUUGACGACCGUUGAUGUUAAGAUGACACAAAGCACAAGAAGGAGAUUUUGUCAAAAAAAUAAUGUCAUUAUCAAAGGGUGUAGUCAAAAAGAGAAAUGCGACAAGAGAGCAAAUGUUGAAUUUACUUGGUUAUUUUAACCAUUAGCAUAAACACUGUCUUUCAAUACUCUUUAAUAUGUAAUAUUUAUUCAAAAAAGAAACAAAGUUUGUUGAUACUUAUUUAUUUAUAAUGAAUUUCAUUGUAGUGUAAUUUUUUUUUUUAAGUUGUGUUAAAUGUUUUAUAAUGUUUUUUUUAUUGAGUUUGUGUGUAGUUACUGUGCAGGUUUUCUUUCCCACCCAAUUUUGAUUGGAACGUUUGAAAUUCAUAGUUGCAUUAUUAACUGACUUCUAACAAAAUAACAAUAAAAUCUGUACCAAACUUGUAUUGU